GGUGCUGCUUGUGGGCGUGGCCAACACUAGUUGGGUUGCACUGGACGUUGCCCAUCAACUUUUGCUACUAGAUGAGCGAUGUGCAAAGCUAGUUAGCUAGCUAGAUAACAUAUACAUUUUUAACCCAGUUUGUCAUUUUGUGGUGCAUUUCUGCUUUUGCAGUGCAGCCGGGAUUUGUAGUCGCCAACAACACUGCAAAUUCCAGGAGUGACGGGGAGACUCCAUUUUCGUUUACGCGGCUGGGCUACCCACCAAGACGGCGGAAAGCUAGCUGGCUGUGUUGCUAGGCUAACUUUCCCUGCCAGGCGAACGGGAGCCAGAGCAAGCUAGCGGCUUGCGAUAAAUUGUCUAUCUGACGAUACUUUCGUUGGCAACAAAAGACUCCCAGCAUGCUGAUGGUGGGAGGCGAUGGACGGAUGCACUAGAAUGAGUGUGAAGGAGCUGUGUGAGACCGAUGACCUGGCCACCAGUUUGGUGCUGGACCCUCUGCUGGGCUUCAGCACCCACAAAAUGAACAUCAGCCCCCCGCCGGAGGUCCGGCGUUGGGGUAAUCUCAAAGAGACCCUGUUGCGCUUUCAGCGCACACACGACUUCAACGCGACGUUCGAGGCGCUGACUGUGGGCGAACUGGCGGGCGACUAUUUCAAUGCUUUGGGAAGCCACCGUCAGGAGCUGCUGAGGCAACAUGUGUAUCGCUACCUCAGUGCCUUCCUGUUGGAUAGCGGCAUCAAGAUAGAGUCCUGUGACAGAUACUCUUCAGAGACCAACGGAGCAAAGAUAACCUCAACGAGGCACUGGUUUGCAGGCGAGCGGGUGGAGGUCCUGCUGGGCUGCAUAGCAGAGCUGAGCCCCGCUGACAGCGCUGUGCUGAGGGCAGGAGUCAAUGACUUCAGUGUGAUGUAUUCCACACGCAAACGCUGCGCUCAGCUCUGGCUCGGGCCUGCAGCUUUCAUUAACCAUGACUGCAAACCAAACUGCAAGUUUGUCCCUGGUGAGAAGAAUAUCGCUUGUGUUGAAGCGAUUCGACCCAUCUCACCUGGGGAGGAGAUCACUUGUUACUAUGGUGCCAGCUUUUUUGGGGAAGGCAAUGAAAUGUGUGAAUGCUGCACCUGUGAGAGGAACGGAGAGGGUCACUUCAGACACAGAGGAAAGCGGCCCGAAUGUGAGGAAACAAAGGACCCUGUGGGCCAGAAAUACCGACUGAGAGAGCGAUAUCUUCGUCAUCACAGAGAGAAGGGGCACUUUGCUACGAGGCCGACAAUACCAGGAAUACACUCAGGUAUCUUUACAGCCAUCCCCUCAAGGAAUUCCUUUACCCAGCAGAUGAGGAGAAAUGCCUUGAAGAACAGAAAACUUAGUCAGACAAAGAAGUGGAGACGAGAGAAGCACAGACGAUCAGGAAACCACCCGCUGAAAUCCUCCUCAGUCAAACAGUGUCGGACGGUUCCACUUUUGUCCCAGGUUACUCUGAGGGACCUGAGAAUCAGAGUGCGGCGCCACUCAGUGGAUUUUUUACUCAACUGUAAGGAUCCAAAAAGCAAAGAAAGGGCCCUUCUUCAACAGCUGGAGGAAGUGAAGCCAAACAAUAGCAGGUUGACUGAACCGACUACGACUGUUAAAGAAAAUAACAUCAGUGAGGUGAACUUGAAGCCUUUCACUCUAAAUUCCUCCAUGUCUGUUCAUCAGAAAAGCAGACCUGCAGUAAGUAGCACAGGCCUUAAUGGAAAGCCUGUUAAAGUGGUGGACAGGCGGACAGUUUGCAAAAGGAACUCUUCGAGAGCCAGGAGCAAAGCUGACGCUGCCCAUCCAACAGGGUCCAGCAACACAGCCAACGCUCCUGUUUGUCACCCUGUCGAAAAUGACAAAACCUGCUUCUCAGUAAAACAUGAGAUGACUGAAAAAGCAGCCACCGAGUGUCAAAGCAACAGCAAGUCCAACAGUGUUGUAUCCUGCAACAUCAACACGGCUCAAAGUCCAGCAGCUGAGCCUACGCAGCCUGGGACCAUCAAAGCUUCAUCCCUGUUAGAAGUUUGUCAGAGCGUCACAGAUAGACUGAAGAAAGCUACGGACAAUCCACUCAUGCCGCUGAAGCAAUACCUUACAGUCAGCCUCACAAGGUUAUCAAUGCCACAGUGUUUAGAAGCAGAAAAGUCCUCUGAAGAUAGGACAGAAAGUGUGGUGGUUAGAGGAAGGACCCGGCAGAGUCUGAGACCAGCAGCUCUGAAAGUGCAGCCAAUAGGAAGAGUGUCCAGAUCUCAGCAAAGACAGGGAGGAAGUUCAGAGAUCUGUGCAGCUGAAGGUAACAGAGGGGUCAGGGAAAUGUUUUUCAAGGCCAUCGAUAAAGUAAAUGUGAGAAAGCGACAUGCGAGUGAAUCUGUGGGUGAUUUAUCCCACAGCGAGAAAGAGGGGAACGACAAGGUUAUCGAAAUACAGACCGUGUCAGAAGAAAAAGAUGAUAUACUGAAGGCACAGCAGGACACAGUAAAAGGCAAAAUUGAAGGGCAGAAAGAAGAGAGAAAUUCUGCAGUUACAGAAUGUAAAAAUAACAAGGCCCCAGAAGAUGUGAAAGAGUCUGAUUGUAAAACAGCACCCGGCGAAAAACCUAGAGGACAAAAUGACACACAGUGUGCUAGAAAUAAAAUCAAGGAUGCAUGUAAGGAGGAGGGAGUCGUUAAACGAUCAGAACAUGUAGCUAGGAGUGUGAAUAAACAGCCAGCAAGUAGGCAUGAAGAAGAUAUUGUCAUAAAGCAGGCAAAGGUUCUGCUAUCUGAUAUUUUAAGAAAAGAUGAAACUUUAAUAGAUAAGAGAUUACAUGGAGAUAUUGUAGGAAAAGGGUUUUCUUCCUUGGCCUCUAAAGAAACACAGAGUGCUGGGGGGGAAGGAGAAAAGACUGAAAUAAAUGGAGGCAGGUACCAGUGUUCAGUGCAGAGGAGGAUUCUGAGGCGGCGAAUGCUGAUGCCGAGAGCGGCUAAAACAAAAGCAGAAUGUAAGCAAAGCACCAAGGGACAUUUGAGCAAAGAAGAUCCAGCUGCAGUGAAGACUGACUCGAGUAAGGAUGCUGUGCAUUUUCAGUUACCGCAGACGAACAAUAACCCACCGGCUACCUGCCUCAACCCACUACCUCAUGAGUCACUAAUUUCAGCAAAAGCCACAAUGAAUCUGCCUCCAGAUACCAAUCCACAGGCACACACACAGUCCAACAUACCUUUGAAGAAACGUACAUUUCGCAAUUCUGUGGAAACAGACUCAGAACAAGCUUUGAAUUCUGCCUCAGAUCAAGCCUCUAAAGAAAGCACUGAUGUAAAUGCAUCUACAGAGCUGAAACAGGGCCUUACCACAUGUCCAGAGGAGAGUAGCAAAAUGAAAAGAGAGGUGAAAGGCAGGUGUAGGAGAACAGAAGUCCAGAGGUUAACCUCCAAUAAGAUCUUGACCUUUAGUGGAGGGCUUCGCUCGCGAACUAAUGAAGUUCAGCGAAGCCAUUUGUCGAGAAAAGUUCGAAAGUGUAAAUUAGAGAGGCGAAAUCUGGAUGACAUUGACAAGACACCAGUGAGUGAUAAGCUUGCAGAGGAGAAACAAGCUGAGGAUCCUGCUGAAGUCCAACAGCAGUGCGUAGUAAAUCCAUCUCCAAAUAAAUCUGAACAGGAAGAUCCAUUGGAAACGUUAAUCCAGGAAGGUGAAUUGGAGGAGACAAAGCCGGGCACCAAUUUAAAGAUUCGGUUCAAGAGGAGAAGGGGGAGAGUAUGGGAGAUGCAAGGAGUAGGAUUUGAAAACGCGGCAUUAAAAAUGGAAAAAGGAGACGAGUUGGUGGCGUGUGAUCCUUUCAAAGCCAUCAUGGACUCCGUAUCAGUUUUAAACAUGGAGAUGGAGGCAGCUCAGGCUCAUGUGCAGGCGAGUCAGAAGUCAAAGAACAGAUUGCAUCGUUUGAAAAGACGAGGCGAGAGGCUUUGUGGAAGGCAGAUCACGAACGUCCCCUUAGAUGGAAAAUCAGACAAAGACCUUAAAAAGGCAUGUAGACCCAGUGAAACAGCCUUCGACAAAGUAGAAAUUAAAGAGAGACUUGAUGGGGAACUUGCAGACAGAGUCAAGCUGCUGCCAGAAAAAACUGAGAGUGACAGCGAGGUGUUGUCAGCUAUAGGGAAUGAAACAAAAAUUGAAGAUCGUUUUCUAAAGAAUUGCUGCUUGUUUGAAAGUGGGUCACACCAGAAACUGCAGCCUGAAGUGGAUUUUAAAGUGGAUUCAAAUGGUCUUCCGUUACCAGUGAUUAAACUGCGUAGAAAGACGGAAGAUAUUUGGGAGGUGGACAGCAAAGAGGAGCUCAGACAAACUGAACUUAAAGUGGAGCCCGGUGUUAAGAGAGAGAUGAAGGGUCACAUUUUUGUUAAACAAAAGAAAGGGUGUCUUGAUUUUAGCAAGCUCAAAGAGGAGUGCCAGUCUUCGUAUAGACUGAACAGCAACUCGUCCCUCCUCAAAACAGAGCCGCCGUCGUUUUCCUUAUCUCUGUCGCCGCUGUCUCUGUCUUCCCCUCUUAAUGACAGUGAAAGUGAAGUUAUGUCAUUUCCUGCAGACGCAGUCGCCGAAAGGCCAGAGAUGCACAGUGGAGGAAGGAAACAGAGGCACAAAAUGGAGAGACCACGCAAGUGUGGGCCUGUGGAAACACCCACCACUUGCCUUAGUCACACUCUCCAACAAAUUGACAACAGUCUCUCCAGGCUCUCUGAAGGCUUGUGUUCAUCUCAGGCUUUGGAAAAGCCGACAGCCUGUUCCAUUCCUUCUAAUUCUGUCAUCCACCCCCCGUCCCAGUCUCCUCCAUUCACAACUGCAGAUAACAUGCUCUCCAGUGAGCCCAGCUUCACAAACUGUUGUGACGAUAUCCUGGACUUUCAGUGUCUCAACUUUGAGGGCUAUUAUCAGCCACAGAAUAUACUUCCAUCUUCCCCAUCAGAUCUGUGUUCACUGGAUCCACCCACAGAUCCUUUCAGCAGUCCCCUCUCUCACAGCCCGUCUGAUACAUGGACCACCGAAACGCCAUACCUUGGCCCUCCCAGUCCAGGAAAUAACUUUACCAGUGAGGAUCUACAGUUUUUUCCAGGUCUAAUUUCUUCAAAAAGUGACUCUGUUCCUCUGGAAUGUGAAGCAAAGGAUACCUCGAAAGACAGAAACCCACCAAACCCCAGUUUCAGUUUUUCAGCUCUUGCUAACUCUGACUUGAGUGCCAAGGAUCGGAUUCUAGGUAAAAAUCUAGGAAUGAGGCUGUCCAGAGAAGACUUCAAAGCUCAGCCCCUAUCUGUUGGUAAGCCUCGGUUUUUUGGUGCAACAUCAUCUUCUGUUACAUCUCAAAUGCCAGUUACUUUAACCCAACCCUCCAUCAAUGUCAAGGAGAGCACCAGUCAAUCAAAAGUUCAGUCUAGCCUCAGAACCCAGGGUCCCUUCCAUCGUGUGACCAUUCCUAAUAAAUCCCAGUCAUUUGCAAGUAAUCAGCCAGUCAGAGGAGUGUCCCAGAGCUGCUUGACUAAAUCCGUCCCGCCAUCUCAGAUGUCUAACAAAUUCCUCUCUCCUCAACUCUUCACUGUGAAAAAUCCCAAUCCUCCCGACAAUCCAUUCAAAUUCCACGAGAAAACCUCUACAGUCAUUCACAGAGUGCUCAAGUUUCAAGGGGGUAACCCGACUCAGAACUUGUACAGUGCACCUUGUAAGGAUACCUUGGCUGCUGGCAGCCCUAUCAUCACAUCCAGGACACUUGGUGCAAAAUCGGGUGCUUUUGAAAAGACCCAGCACACUCAGAAACUAGGUGUUAGUUCAGACGGUCAUCAUAAAGACAACAUCUCUGUUCAAGGUUUUGGAAAGGAUGCGGGUCAUCUUUCCAGCAACCCCAACAGGUCCAACCCUCAUUUCGGUAAACUCAACUCCCCUUUCCCUCAGUCUUUUGUUAAAAGUAAAAUGUCCUCUGACAAACAUGACAGUGUUGAAGCCAACAUGACGUGCAAAAACCUUUCAGCCCUGCCAAGACCUUUCUUUAUGAGCAAAAUGUCAGAUGGUUAUUCAACACCUCAAGACAAGAGUUUAAGACAGGAAAAAUCCACAACCUCAGACAAGCACCAGCCAUGUUACACUCAGCAAGACCCCUUUGAUUUUAGCUUUGGCUCGUCUCUUUCGCCCGUGUCUCAGGACAACAGCCCCCAAAUGAUCCACAGUACACCUCCUGGUACGCCAGCACCAGCAAACAAGAGUCACCCCUCAGUCUCCUCAGCCUCUUUCCCUUAUGGCUAUCAAGGUCCACCUUACGUACUAAACUUCAGUGGAGAUCAUUCAUUGACCCUGGGUCUCAGGGACGGGGCUGAUGGUUGCCCAGGAUUAGGCCCGGCAAACUACACCUACCACUGCCUGAUGGAACCUUCAGGCACCCAAGGGCGGCUGGUUCUCGAGCCCUGUGGACCCCAGCUGUCUAACCCAGCGUCUUUCUCCUUGGGUGGGUUUUCGGGGCUCAAAGGUCAGGACGAGCAUUGUAGGAAGGACAUGCAGCAACAAUUCCAGCCUGGGGAACACCAAGGCCCACCACACUAUGGACCUGUCACCUCUCACUCCAUGGGUGCUACAAAACCCAAGAGGGUGAGGUUAGUGGUGACAGAUGGCACAGUAGACUUAGAUCUCCAGUACUCGGAUUGAUUUAUACCCUCUGGAGUCACUGAACAUGCUGAUGGCGGCUCAAACAUUUUCUGCCAGAAGAUGCUUUUGUAAACACUGUAAUUGAUAGUCUAGCAGUUAUUAAAGCCCGCUGACUGAUUUUUUCCUAAAACCUUAUUUGAUGGACUAUUCAUGUAUGAAUGAAGGGUUUUAUGUAAAGCGGGUGUGUCAGUGUGUUUUAACUACUGUAAGAUUUCUUUUUUUAAUAUCCACUACAGUUUGCUGAGAAUACCAAAUUAAACAGAGCAUUAAUAUAUUUGUGGCUUAGAGUUUGAACUUACAAGCCCUGUAAACAAUGAAAGCCCUCUUAUUGUACUGUACCGUAGCCGUAUGAAUUUUUCUAUACCUUGUAUGGCAGUAGAGACAGGAGCACCACCAUCGGUUGCUGGUACUCGUAUUUGUUGGUUUUCAAAAGGCAGCUUUGUGCCUCAGUCUUUGAUAUGUUCUUGUGACUUUUUGAGGCCCCUGUUGAAACUGUCCAACCCUCCUUUUUAUACUCACAGUAAGCCCUUUUCUCACUUUGUGUGUGUGUGUGUGUGCGUGUGCAUGUGGGUUUUGAGGGAUCAAAGUGAGCUGUGUUAUUGUACCUGAUUGUGUGACUGUUGCAUUCCCAAACUUUAGUAAGAUCCUUAAGUGCAUCGAUGAAAGUUUGUGCAUGAACGGCAUACAGUAAGGCGAUUUCCCCACCUGAAUAUAUUCAAGGAUAACUCUAGUGGGUGAAGACAUGCGUGACCUGAGCUGCACCUGCUCGCAGCUGCUUCCUCGAGUACCUGAGUGGAUGAGUGAGUGAGAGUAACUGCAAUAUGUUGUUUUUCCAGGCCAGUUGUGCUUAAUGAAUUGAAGCAUAGUGCAACAUGAGAUCUUUGUAAUGGGAAUUUUCCCAAAUGAACACAUUGAGAUCUUACCAUCUUACCAAGUGACAAUCUUCUCACAGAGUAACUUACUUUUGCCAUUUCUUUGGCCUUUUUUUUUUAUUUUAUUUUUAUUUUUUUCCAAAGGUUGAAGGUUCACCUACAGUAGUCAUUGUCUGCUGUUUUGUUGUUGCUGACAGAGGUACAUGUUUAUAUUUAAUUAGUUAACUGAGUUUUUUUGCUAUUGAUUGCAAAAGUCACAUGAGCAUUACUCCCCUUUUCAUGAUGUGCUGUGUUUUAACCCAUUUGACAUCAUUGGGCAGGCGUGUUCAGUGUGACUGCACAGCUCUACAUUUACUACCACGAAAAUGUACUGUCUCCACAUGGAAAGGCCAAUUAUUUAUUUUAAUAUUCUCAUCCUUGAAAUGGUGCUUUAAUGUAAUUUAUACCAUUGAUUGUUAAACUAUUAAAUGUUUUUAUUAUUAUUUAAUGGGACAAAAUAUUGAAAUGAAUAUUUACAUGGAGAAUUUAAUUUCACAGCCUUUGACAUCCAGUUUUUCAGUUGUUACAGGUAAAAAAAAUGUUUUGACUUUUUUCUAAUUGGCAGUUAUUACUGAAAAUCUGCUGUAGAAAUGUACAAAUGUAGCCUAUAUCAUUAAAGACGCUUAAUUCGUUUUGUAUUUUCUCUUUGACUCUUCUUUUAAUACUUGAAUUUGUCUGUCUAAUGACGUACCUUUCUGUGUUGUUUGGUUGUGUCCUCCAUAGGCUGACAUUUAAAAGAAAUGGUCUGGCAAUUAAUUCCUCAUUCAUUCAAAUCUCACCACAUUCUGGGAUGCAUAUGUGUCCCAAACUGCAGUACGUCAACAUAACCAGCAGGAGAAUCUCCUGAGACGUCUCUUUAGCCCGAUUGAACAUAUAAUCUAAUAGAUUAUGAUGUAGUCCUACAGAUGAAGUUACCCUGAAGUUUCUGAAAGAGAGUCAGCUCCAGCAUCACCAGCUUUGCAACUUUAAAGUAAUACUCACACAUUAAAACAUCAGUCCAGUACUGUUUAUGAUCCUGAAACUGGCCCUUCUGAGUGAGUACUUUUACUUUUGAGUGUAUUUUGAUUAAGAACAAGUUAUAAUCCUCACAUCUAAAGUCAAGCGUGCAGAGAAAGUUUGGUAAAAUUGUCUGUGUGGUGUUUUGCUUCGUGUCACGUCUGCCUCGACGUCGGUUUAAAGGCUCGAGGCGAGCGUUCAUCCUCCUGGUUUUAGAGCUCAGCCUUCACCUCCUUCCUCUCUACCUGUGCUUCCAUCCUACCCAGCCAGCGUUUGUGUUCUUCCCCUCCAUCCCUUCAUCUCCUCGUCCUCUUCCUCCUGCAGCAUGUGACCCACUUCUGCUUUUUCUUUCUAGCUCUCAGACGCAGCAGAGCAGUUAAUUCUGAUGCCAAGUAUAACAGUUUUCUCGUAAUGAGGACGGAAAGAGAGGGAGGGAUUAUCCGUUACAGUAGUGAGGGGAAGUCUUGGAGAUGGUACAGUUAAAGGGACAGAAAAACCAGAGAAAAACAAAACUGUGACAGAUAUUAAUAUUAAAACCCAGCGUUUCCCCUACUGUCAGAGCAGAGUACACAGCUUUAUUCUGCUUGGAUUUAUGCACCCAUUAAUUCAGCAUCAGUCUUAUCACAAUAUGAUUUCUCCAGUUUUAUCCCCUUUUAACCAGCAGUGGAAGAACUACUCAGAUCCUCUAAAAACAAAAGAAAAAAGAAAAGUGAAAAUGAGACCUGGAUUUAAAAUCCUGCUUAAGUAAAGGUAAAAUAUCAGCUCUGACUUUUAUAUUUGGAAUUAUUAAAUUGUUCAUUCAAGGUGUCAACAGCAUUUUACUGUUGUCGUAGGUCAGUGUGGAGGUGACAGGAUUCAGGAAAGGGCCACAAGAGCCAACCUUUUGAAGCAGGCCAUUGCUCCACCUUAAAAAUUAAUCGUUAAGAUCCCACUCGCUCCUCAUCUUACUUACCUCACAAUUUCAUUAAACCUCAACUAAAUGUAAACAUCUAUGUCUGUAGCUACGUGCCUCCAUGUUCCUCAUGCUCAGGACUCUGGGGAUCAUAAUCUGUUAUAGCUGCAUGAAAUGGCCGACUGUGUUGGGUUUCUGCUGGGUUUUGUUCUGGACUGCUGGAGCCGGCAGCAGCAACAGCAGCAGCAGUCCUCCUUGUGGCGAAGGAGCCAGGAAACGCAAACGCCUGUAACCCUGAGAAACAACAGACAGGGAGGAGGGAGCUUUAGAAAGGGCGUGAGGGGUUUUGAUGGAGCUCCACAAUCCCUUUCAGGUUACUGAAACUGCUUGCUUACUCUCACCCAAUUAAUACUGCUGGAGCCUAAUGAACCAAACCUGUUAAACACACCCGCCCCUCGAUGCAUACGCACUCAGUCAGUCAAAGCAGCAGCGCUGGCACACGCAGGCCGACUGGAUCGAUGCAAACCUAAUUUAAAAAACCGGAUAGAUCGGAUGGUGUGAUACUUUUAAUACUGUGCAAGAAACUUAUCUCCGCAUGAGUCACUGACUGAGUGAGGAGGUGGUCAGCCCCCGCUGUGUGAGGGUUUCAUUUCAUUCACAUCCGUUUCUCAAUGCCCAGCUUGGAGCUAAUGGAUGUAAUGUUAAUGAGGGAGAAAAUAAAGUGAGAGAUGGUGAUAUUUAGAAUUAUUAAUGUCACUUCUAAGAGCUGAGAUGUCAGGGUUUGCCUGUCAGUAUAACCACAGCCUGCCUCACCGCGGCUGAGAUAUGACGCCACAACAUGCAGUAUGGUAUGUGUGAGCACAUCUAAUGUUAUAUUUAGUCACGAGCGAGUGGAAGGUUCUACUAAAAAGCAGAUUGCAUCUAGAGCUGAAAUGAUCAGGACUGAAGC